UCCGCUUACUCUCUCUCUCUUACCGCACAUGCGCGUCGGGCCGCGUCGCCACCAGCGCAGCCCCCCGCCGACACCCGCGAUGGCCGCCGCCGCCCACGCGCCGCCGGGGCGCCGGGGCGUGCUCCUCGUCCUGCUCGCCGCCGCGCUCGUCGCGGCGAUGCCGGCCACCUGCGCCGCGGCCAGGAGCCGGAAGUCGUACAGGGCCAUCUUCAGCUUCGGCGACUCGCUCUCCGACGCCGGCAACCUCAUCGUCAACGGCACGCCCAAGGCGCUCACCACCGCGCGCCCGCCCUACGGGAUGACCUUCUUCCGCAAGCCCACCGGGCGCUGCUCCAACGGCCGCCUCGUCGUCGACUUCCUCGCCGAGCACUUCGGGCUGCCGCUGCCGCCGCCGUCGCAGGCGCAGGGCAAGGACUUCAGGAAGGGCGCCAACUUCGCCAUCACCGGCGCGACGGCUCUGGAGUACUCCUUCUUCAAGGCGCACGGCAUCGACCAGCGCAUCUGGAACACCGGCUCCAUCAACACCCAGAUCGGCUGGCUCCAGGACAUGAAGCCGUCACUCUGCAAAUCGGAGAAAGACUGCAAGGACUACUUCAGCAAGUCCCUGUUUGUGGUGGGGGAGUUUGGGGGCAAUGACUACAACGCGCCGCUGUUCUCCGGUGUCCCAUUUUCUGAUGUCAAGACUUAUGUGCCCCUUGUUGCCAAGGCCAUCGCCAAUGGCGUUGAGAAAUUGAUUGAGCUUGGGGCAACAGACUUGUUGGUGCCAGGCAUUCUACCGAUCGGUUGCUUCCCGUUGUACCUGACGUUGUACAACACCAGCAGGAAAUCAGACUACAACGCCCGCACUGGGUGCCUCCGGAGGUAUAACCGCCUCGCCUUCCACCACAACAGGGAGCUGCAGCAGCAGCUUGAUGAGCUACAGAAGAAGUACCCCAAUACAAAAAUCAUGUAUGGGGAUUACUUCAAGGCUGCAAUGCAGUUUGUUGUCAACCCUGGAAAAUUUGGUUUCAGCACAGCUUUGCAAGCUUGCUGCGGAGCAGGAGGGCAGGGCAACUACAACUUCAACCUGAAGAAGAAGUGCGGUGAGCAAGGCGCAAGUGUGUGCUCUAACCCAUCAUCAUACGUGAGCUGGGACGGCAUCCACAUGACCGAAGCCGCAUACAAAAAGGUCGCCGAUGGCUGGUUGAAUGGCCCCUACGCUGAACCCCCAAUUCUGAAGUCAUAAUUGAGAUAAUUAAACUGUAUGUAACACAGCCGCGGACGCCGCCGCUGCUUGAGAGAUAUAAGGAGUCCUUCAGGCAUAGAUAUGUUCCGAUUCUGAUGUCAUAAUUAAGUUACGGGUAAAGCUUUUUAGUUUGUUCAUUGAAGAUUUGUAUAAACUGUGCCGGUAUAGAUUAUUCCAAACUGAAAUGGCUGAAGUACAGAUGCACCAUGCAUGACUUUUCAGAUUC